AAUCCAACAUUUGGAAAUGAAGUUAAUUUCAUGUGUAUGCUCCGGUGGUUGGGCUUCUUACUGUUUUCAGGAACAUGGCACCAGGACCAGGUUUCAGUGAUGAAAAGAAUGAGACAUGCUGCGAGAGUGAAAGCACUGUCUAUGUGCAUAACCCAUACCUGGAUGGGAUGAAAGAUGACAUUCUCUACCACUUUAACCUGGGGACCUCCACACACAACCUGCCUGCCAUGUUUGGAGACGUCAAGUUUGUGUGUGUUGGGGGCAGUCCCUGGAGAAUGAAGUCCUUCAUAGAGUAUAUUGCUGGAGAGCUGAGUCUGGAGGACCCCAAGGCUGAGUACCCCAACAUCUGUGCAGGAACUGACCGCUACGCCAUGUACAAGAUUGGCCCCGUGCUCUCCGUCAGCCAUGGCAUGGGUAUCCCCUCCAUCGCCAUCAUGUUACACGAGCUCAUCAAGCUCCUCUACCAUGCUCGCUGCACUGAUGUUACCGUCGUACGCAUUGGGACCUCCGGUGGAUUAGGCCUUGAGCCUGGCACGGUUGUUGUCACCAAGCAGUCAGUAGACGCCACCUUCCUGCCCAGGUUGGAGCAGGUCAUCCUGGGGAAUACUGUGGUGCGCAGCACGGACCUGGACCAAGGGCUGGCUGAAGAGCUGCUGCAGUGCAGCAAGGACCUGGGUCAAUUUGAGACGGUGGUAGGAAACACCAUGUGCACCAUGGAUUUCUAUGAAGGACAAGCGCGUCUGGAUGGGGCCUUCUGCUCCUACACAGAGAAGGAUAAACAGGACUACCUGACCAAGGCCUAUGAGUCUGGGGUUCGCAACAUCGAGAUGGAGUCUUCCGUGUUUGCUGCCAUGUGUAAACUCAGCGGUCUAAAAGCGGCCGUGGUGUGUGGGACUCUACUGGGCCGUCAGAAAGGGGACCAGCUGAUCAGCUCUCAUCAAGUUCUCCACAGCUACCAACAACGUCCUCAGAUACUGGUCGGCCACCUGAUCAAAGGAGAUGCUCCAAGCCUCAGGCUCUAGCAAAAGCUAGGCUCUUGCUUUUUAGCAUUCUGAUGGUAUGUUACUUAUGAAAGGCCCCUUGUGCACAGAGUAUACAAAACAUUAAGGACACCAUAACCCGUUCAAAGGCACUUCAAUCUUUUGUCUUGCCCAGUCACCCUC